GUUACUCCAGCUGAAGGCAGACCACUACCACUGCCUCGUCUGCACACCGGCCGACUCCAGCCAUGUCUAAGCCGCCACCUAAACCUGCCAAGCCAGGGCAGGUUAAAGUCUUCAGGGCCCUGUAUACAUUUGAGCCCAGAACGCCAGAUGAACUGUACUUUGAAGAAGGAGAUAUUAUCUACAUCUCAGACAUGAGUGAUACAAACUGGUGGAAAGGAACUUGCAAAGGGAGAACUGGACUAAUUCCAAGCAACUAUGUGGCAGAGCAAGCAGAGUCUAUUGAUAACCCACUGCAUGAAGCUGCCAAACGUGGCAACUUAAGCUGGUUGAGAGAGUGUUUGGAUAAUCGAGUUGGGGUCAAUGGCUUAGACAAAGCUGGAAAUACAGCUCUGUACUGGGCAUGCCAUGGAGGCCACAAAGAUAUAGUGGAUGUUCUGUUUACCCAGGCAAACCUGGAGUUAAAUCAACAGAACAAAUUGGGAGACACAGCUUUGCAUGCUGCUGCAUGGAAAGGUUAUGCAGAUAUUGUAGAGAUGCUGCUGGCAAAGGGGGCAAGAACAGAUCUGAAGAACAAUGAGAGGAAACUGGCAUUAGACAUGGCAACCAAUGCAACUUGUGCUUCCCUUCUUAAGAAGAAACAGAGUGCAGGUACAGUCCGAACAUUAAGUAAUGCGGAGGAAUACCUUGAUGAUGAAGACUCCGAUUAGCUUUCAGCCUAAAGAACUAUAUCUUGUAUUGCCUAUGUCAUUCCCAAAACAUAUCUUUACAACUGUAAAAAUAUCUAACUUAGAGUAUUGCAGUCUUCCAAUAUAGCAUAUAAAUGAGAGGGUGGAAUCAUGCUCUCCAAAGGAAUAAUCUUCAUGUGUGCAAGAAGAUGCCACAUUUUAAAUCAUAGUGCCUUUGGAAUUGUCUUACAGAGGAAGUGUGGCAUACCCUUAUUGUUGAAUGGGCAGAGGACCAUCCUCUAAAUUCACAGGUUUCAUCUCAGGCCUUUCCAGCAAGUGCCUUGUGUCCCUGAAGUACGCUCCUUAGACUGAAAGGUCUCUUUGGGAUAGCAGGACACUGUUGCUAAUGUUUCUCAAAAUCUCCCUGGAUACCAGUUCCUUUGUGCAGAUAAUUACUGACAGAGUCAGUACUAAUUGAUAGGCCUGAAUACCUGGUUGAGGUGGCAUUCAUGCCUGGCAUGAAUGACUGGUUGACAGGCAUCUCGCUGCUAUAGAAAGUGACAUCUUUUGCCCACAUGGAGCCAGGACAAGGUUUGAUUUUUUUUUGUUUGUUUGUUUGUUUUGUUUGGGGGUCUUUUUUUGUUGUUUUUGUUUUGUUUUGGUAAAUCCGCCCCAAUUCCUUCCUGUACCCCUCUAAGUAAGGGGUAGAAUGACAUGGAACAAUCUGCCCCUGGACGCUUUCGUUGUCUUCUCUAUUGCUAUGGCCCAUAUUCCUGAAAUGUAUACUCAGGUGAAAUGCUUGCUUAAGUCAGGCUUGCUUGAAAAGUGCUCUUAGUUUUGGACUUAGCGAUGUGAUUACUUUGCUUUUUAAAGUGCAUUAUGCUGAAACUAUUUGUAGUAAGAGGAAGACUGAAUAUUUUUCUAUUUAUCCUGCCUAAUGUUUUGUUGGUUUUUUUUACUGAUCUCUUGCUUUUAUUUUUAAAAGUGUUCUUAUAUAUUGCCCUAAAUUACCUCACAGCUUAAGUGUGUUUGAAGGAAUGAGGGAAGAUGUAUAUUAAAUACACCACAGGUAUCUUUAGAAAAGAUACCUGAAAUUGAAUAAUCACUUAAAAAAUGUAUGGCUUCUUCCUGUGAAUUAAAGAGGACUAAAAAAUAAAUUGAGCCACUUUUAAGCUUCCCUGAAGAGUUAAAAAGUAAGCACUUCCUUCAGAUUGCUCAAAUAGCUGCAGCCAAAUAUUACACCAUACUAAGGGAUACUUCCUUGCUGUAAUGGUACUAAGAAAAUGUUGCAAGUGUUUGAGAUGCAGUCUGAUUUUCAAUUUUUGUUGCUAACUUUCCUGUUAGCAACUUUGACAGAUUCAGUCCAACACAGCAGUCUGUGAUACAAAAAAGAAAAAAAAAAUUUAAAAAAGGCAAAAAAAAAAGUUCUUAGAUCGGGGAUAAAUGAAAAGCUCUGGUACAAGACUGGGGAUAAGUGAAAAAUCACACUAGGUAUUUUAGAAAUUAAAGAAGACUAAAGCACUCUCAUUUUUAAAAAUACAUUGAACCAGAUUUUUGUAUUUUUAUUAUCCUGUGAAAGACUAGGUACAGGUAAGGCUUGUUAAAUGAGCAUUUACCAAAGAACACAUUGUUCAAUUGACCAGAACUGCGUAAGAUGAAGGUGUUGCACAAAUAGUCACCUGCGAAUAUAAUUCUGAAUUGUCUAAGUGUUAAAACCAUGGAAAAAAUGUUUUAGCCCUAUGAGAUACUGUGGUCAGCUGAACAGUGAUGUUUUAUUUUGUAUGAACUUGAAGGUCCUAGAGAGGAAAAAAUAAAAACCAAAGCCACCAAGCUUUUGUCUCUAGCUUUUAUUAGAACAGUUGUUGUAUGUGACUUGUAAUAGACAGAUAUUGUCCUGCUUUACAUUUUAUCAGCCAGCUAUUUUUACUAGCUCAGAUUUUUACCACUGUCAAGCCACAGGUUGUGCUUCAUGCUGUUGAUUAACCUGAUGCAAUUUAACUGUGCAAGUAAAAAAAGACCUGUAGUAAGAGGCUGGAGAAGCAAGAAGGUUCAUGUAUCUAUUAUGUAAGUUUUUUCUUGCAUUAAAAAUCUUCAGUGUGACAGGACAUGGAAAGAAUAGCUCUUCCCAAAUCACCAUUUUAUCUAUCAAGCUUUGAAGGCAGAGUUUUUAUUCAGAAAUAACUUAAUGUGAUGUCUUCUGCUGCUGUGGGUUUAACAUCCUACAAAUUAAUUGCAGCAUUUGAUUUAAAAGUGUAACAUUAUACUCAUGUCUGUGAAAUUAGCUGCUGCUGGAAGACCCUGUGUUAUUCUGCAGACUGAUCUAGGUGCUGCAAGAGAAGAAUGGUGACAGAAGCACAAGCUGGGCCUACAGAUUGCCUGUGAAGUCUUUACUGGAGAGUCCUGAAGAAGGCACAUUUACAUUGCAAGGCAGCUAGCUUGUGCUGUAAUUUGUUUUGAGACCAAAAUUACUUCUUUUGCUUUUCCUUCACAACUUUGUUUUUCCUCAUGCAUCUACUCAUCUUCUGAAAUACAAACCACUGUGAGACUUUCAGGCAAUAAAUUUCUUUUUGCCUAA